CUCUUUCGGCCUAUGCGGUUAUCGCAAUACAAAACGCAUAACGUUGUCUCGCUAAAACAUCGGAGUGACGACGUGCGAAUUACAUCCAGUGUGAUGGUUAUUACCUUAUACUACUUUGCAUGGAAAUUCUAUACAAACCUCAUUGCUUUCAAUCAUUUUCAGUGUAAUAGCACAGACUGCAUAUAUUACUAUAUGAUAAUAGGUACUGCUCACGAAAACAAUAGAUAACGCAUAUAAAGCAGGGUGCAUGAUAAACAAAUCAGUGUGAGUAUUGCCGGCUAGAGUGAGUGUUGUGUCAGUGUGGAAAAUGAUCAAGAUGGAAGGACUUCUUGUCAUGCUACUGAUGGUGAUAUCGAUAAAUGCAGCCGCAGUAAGACAAAAACUAACACAGGAGGAUUGUGACAACAUGGAUAUACGGAGGAUAAACAAUUAUUACUACGUGAAAGCUGCACCAAUUAACCUAACUGGGAUACCUUCAGAUUUCUCCGUACAUUGGCGGUCAGGAAGAGUUUUCUACACACUUAUAAGUGAUGAUUAUUUAAAGAUGAAAAUCCAAGUAUUAAAAGGCAAUCAAGUUCACACUAUCAAAAUGGAUGUCGUCGGUCAGUCAACCACUGUAGAUAACUUUAACGACAUUGUAUAUGUGGCCACUGAUAAUGGAGUGUACAAAUAUAAUGACGAAGGGACACUAGAACAUUACACAGCGGCUGGAGAAGAUGUUAUGUAUGUCGCCGUUUCUAAAGAUGGAACCACCAUGUACAUAGCCACAUGGCCUCAGAACAGAGUGCAAGUAAUUAGCAACAACGGUCAGAAACAGGAGACUUUCUCUCUAAUACCUAAUGGACAUGAUUUGAGAAUAGACACUUGUAAUAACAUGUAUUUUGUCGCAGCUAAAACUUCUUACGUUUUGCAAGCAGAUAAUAGUAUACCAAUUAGAAUUAAAGGCUUACCAACGAAUAAUAUGACAGGCAUUUUUGUAAAUAGAUCUGAUAAGGUAUAUGCUAUGGAUGAAACAGGAAAUAUGUAUAAAAUAGAUCCGAAUUAUGCGAAAGCUACUCUGCUUGGUUCAUUUCACAUUAAUGGUGUAAACGCUUUCGCUUUGGACGCGUUGGAUAAUGUACUUAUAGGUGUGAAUGGCGCAAUUUUAAAAUACAAUAAGAUGGAAAGUUCUCCAUGUAGCGUGCUGAUGACGUUGAGUUAGGAUUGAGAUAAAGUUAUAAAAGCAUUUAUUUAUGAAUAGAAUUAAUGUUAGCAUGAAUAGAUGGCAGUGUUGGCCGAAACGUUUAUGCAAUUGACAAUUAAUCUGUAACCGGCUGUUACGGUUUAUGGUUCAAUUUGUAAUGGUUAGUGGUCAAUUGCAAUUAAAGUCCGGCCAAUACUGAUGGAUAGGAUAUAUGAAUAAUUGCUCUACAUUUAAAAUCCGAGACUAUACACACCAAUAUGUUACAUAUAGUGCAUCUAUGGAUAUGAGACAGUCAGUGUCACGCUAUUUUUAUAAUUCUUAUAUACAUUUUCUUUACUAAUAUUUGUGAUUCCAUCUGUUCCAUACGUCUCUUGCGACACUCACUACAUAGGUAUUAUGUCAUAAAUAUUAUGUAAAGUUAGGGCUUGUGCACAAAUCACGGGUGGUUCGAUAGGGGGGAGGGGGGUCACGAAAAAAUAACGACAGAUUACGUUGGGGGAGGGGGGGUAUAAGGAUACCUCACGUGUAUUUUUCUACAGUGACCGAAACGAAGAAAAAAUAGCCAAGAACCUCACCAAAUAUCACCAAGAGGGACGGGAAGGGGGUCAAAAAAUAGCCAAAAAACUUCGCGUAAUUUGUCCACAAGCCGAUAGGUAUUCGUACUUUGAGCUUGUAAAUUUUAGAAUAUAAUCAAUUGUACUGAUUCAUUUUAUAGAACUUUAAUAGGCUUUAACUCUUUGUAAUAAGUACUGUUUAUUUGUAAACGGUCAGAUUAACUGCGUCGAUUAGAGUAGGUACUUUUCGUUUUAAAAAACACAAGAUACUCAUAAUAAUUGUAUAUAAAGUCAUAUUAGGUAAACAUGUUUAUGUCAGUGAUUAAUUUUAAGAGUUAUCGUAGGAAAGAACAAUACAUUUGUAAAAAAUAAAAUAAAUUGAACUUUAAAGGA